AUGGUGCCGUUGCACCUGGCGGUGUCGAACAAGCACGCGCCGACCGUGCGGCUGCUGCUCGAACUGGGCGCCAAGAAUGCCAACGAACAUCGCCCCGGCAAAAGGGCUGUUGCGUCGCCAUUCCACAUGGCGUGCGAGCGGCAAUCGGCAGAGAUGGUCGACAUCUUCCUGGAGUUGGGUGCGGCGAGCAUCGAGAUGGCCGACCCGCACGGCGCGACGCCGCUCCUCGUGGCCGUCGCCGCGGCCGCCUCCAACCACGCCUUCGUGCAGCAUCUGCUGGGCCUCGGGGCCAACCCGCACGCCGCCUACGGCAAUGGACGCAAUGCCCUCAGUUGCGUGCUACAGAGUCGGCCAACGGAGGAAAAGAUGAAGAUCAUGUCGACACUCAUUGAUGUGGUUGGACCCGUGGAGGGUCGCCUGGAACUCAUCGAGAGAACAGCCGAUUACUUCAGCGGCAGCUUCGGGUCACCAGACUCGGCGAGCGACACCGUGCUUAUGGAGAUGAUCGAGCUGCUCCUUGCCCGAGGCGUUGUUCUGCCACCACGCGAUACUCGCAGCAGUCCUGAGGUAAUCGACUUCCUCCUCUCCAAAGGAGUGCAUAUAGAUGCGCGCACGCCAGGGGAGCGGCCCGCCCUACACGAACUCUUAUCAUGGCGAUAUGACCGAGAGGCCGUGCUGCCACGUCUUGAGUUCCUGUUCGAGCGGGGAGCCGAUCCCAACGCCCGAGGAUACGAGGAGGAGACCGCGUGCUUUGUUGUGCGAAAUGAAAAGGACCUGCUCAGCUUUCUAGUAGCGCACGGAGCGGACCUCAACCUGACGAACCACCAUGGCAUGACCCCGCUAUUCGAUCUGCUGGUCAAUCGCAUCUACUGGGAGGACCCCGACCCGACCCAAGGAUCCUUCGCCGAGUGGGCCGACAUGGCACGCCACAUGAUCCACCUGGGGGCCGACCCGGCCAAGUGCGUCGAGGCGGAGGGACUGGACCCGUACCGCUGGCUCAUGCACACGACGCUCCAGUACAGCGGUGUACCCGCGAAAAUCACGCCCGAGUGGCUGGCGCUGGUGGCCGAGCUGGGCGUGCCCAUCGACACUGAGUCACCGCUGCCGCCUCCCGGUCCGCGGUCUCCCGAUGCCGACGCCGACGCCCCAGAAGUAACCGGCAGCGAGCAGUAA